GCAACAUUUGUGCGUCUUCUAGGACUACAUACAAACAUAGAAUUGAAAAAAAUAUAUAAAUCUAGCACAUGAACGUGCCACAACGAACAAAAUUUCAAGUCUUUCAGCAACAACACAGCAGAACAAAAGCAUAAGAAAUAUUUAAAGCGAUGCCGCGUUUAACCGAGGAUAUGAUCAAGGCGCGCAGCAAGAUCUGCGAUCUGCAGCAGGUGAAGAAGCUGAACUGCUGGGGCACCGAUAUCGAUGACAUUAGCAUUGUGGAGGAAAUGCGGAACAUUGAGGUGCUGGCGCUGAGUGUGAACAGGAUCAGUUCACUGGAGCCGCUGGUGCAUUGCAAGCGACUCAAGGAACUUUAUUUGCGCAACAACAAAAUACAGGACAUGAGUGAGUUGUCCUACCUGACGGGUCUGAAGGAUCUGCGCUGCCUUUGGAUGACGGACAAUCCUUGCUGCGAACAAGCUGGCGACAAUUAUCGCAUCAGCGUGCUGCGUGCGCUGCCCAAACUGCAGAAGCUGGACAAUGCGGAUGUCACGCCGCAGGAGCUGGAGGAGGCUAAGCGCCAGGGUCUGCUGGAAUACAGCAGCUCGUCCAGCUCCUCGGAGCAGACGCCAGAGUCGCCGUCGCCGGCGCCUUCGCCCUGCCCAUCGCCGCCGCCGCCAUCGCUGCCCUCGUCACGCUGCUCGCCAACGCCGUCGCCUCCAGGCCACAACUUUGGUCAGCUCAACAAGCAGCGCAGCAUGUUCGCCAGUCAAUACAUGCUCAACCAGUCGGAGCAGCAGCUCGACUGGCGCUGCGAGCAGCCAAAUGCACGUCAGUUGCACUACGAGCGCAACUGCAACGAGUGCAGAAUUCAUGAGUCCGACGCCGGUCGCCUCAUGCGCUCCUCGGAGCCGCCAACUGCGGCGCAGCAGCCGCGUCAGCUGAAUGCCGCCGAUCGCAGCGAGCAUCUGCUGACCACCACGCUGUACCUUUUAGACGAACUUGACUACGCCUCGCUGGACAAACUGCAGCAGGCCGUGCGCUGUCGCAUGGACGAGCUACGCAGACGCUAGUCCAACUCGUUAACCCCAUUGAAUUCAACAAACAAAAGACACUUCCCAUACAUUUCAUUUGUUUAACUGUCCCUAUGCAUAUGUUUUUUCAAUUUCAUA